AUGGCGACCAAAAGAGAAUUUGAGGAUGUUGAUGAAGGCGAUGCUUUAAAGCCUAAACCAAAGCGAUCUAAGAAACACGGCGGAAAAGGGCGACAACAUCAAAACUCUGGCAUCGAUCCGACAUGGGGCCAGAAAUAUGUCUUUGCAGACAACGAGCAUGCGACAACGAUUCCCGCAGGCGAAGAGUCUGAUUUCGAGGACGACGCAGAUGCCAUGGCAUAUUUAAACUCAGUUCGACAACAAGCUGCCGGAAUCCCCCAUUUACUCGUUGCGCCUAAAGUUCAGAUCGGACCUCAGUUACCUGCUGAACUCAGAGGUGACGACCAAGAUGAUGGAGAGGGACCUAUCGACAGGACCAUAUACAGCGACGGCGUUGGCGAUUCUCGAGGUUGGUACGAGGACGGCGCGUACAUGGCAAUGCCCGACAACGCGGACGAUGAGGGAAACUACAAUGAAGGUGAAUACCCGGAAGACGAUGAUGACGACUGCGAUGAAGAAGCAGCUAUACACGAAGCCUACUUUGCCUCCGUCAUGGACCAGUAUCACCACCUACGAACUAUCCUCCACGCCAACCCUCCCCAAAAUGCCCGUUCUCGUCUCGCAAAGGCACAGCUCAAGACCGAAGCCUCUGCAGAUAAUCAAACCUCUGCCAUAGCCACCUGGUCUCGACUCCUACGCGACACCGAUCCGCAUCCACUUCAGAUCGCCCACAUGUCCAAAGACACAACGCUACGAAUACUGCGCAUCAUGCUUGGCGGCAAGUUUCUUCGUCGAGGAUACACACUUCCAGAACGCACGAGUCGCUGGAUCUGGGCAUUGCUUGCAAGACUGCCAGAUAGGGGCGAACUGAACUACGCUGAGAUUGGUUGGAUUCGUGACCUGGGACGAAGAGCAGUCCUCUUGGGCAGAAGUUUAUCCGAGAUGGCUGCACUGAGAGAAGAGUUGGCAGAAGGUGGACUCGGCACGCAUGAAGCUGUUGAUAGAAGUAGCAGCGACGAAGACAUCAUGGCUGACCCAGAGGACUUGGAGAUUGAAGGAGCCGUCAGCGCUGAGGAGGACGAAGAAGUUUCUACACCACCCGAAGCUGAACAGAAAGCUGAAAACCCACCUAAAGCUGCAGAGCCUACGACGACUCCGCCGCCAAAGCCUGAUGCAGAGGAAGGUGAGAUAGACGAAGAAGAAGACGUGGCUAUGGAUACCGCGUCUGACUCGGAUGCCGAAGAAGGUGAGGUCGCUGCCCCAGAGCCUGAAGAAAGCCUCAAAGCAGCAAAAGAACGUUUGCUCGCCCAAAUUAACCAUAGGGCAGCUUCAGAGGACGAUGAGGAGGCGAAGGAGGCGGCGAAACAGCGAUUACGGGCGAAUUUACGUGCUACCCUCAACAUGAUCUUGACGGUAGCUGGUGAGUUUUACGGACAAAGAGACUUGCUCGAGUUUCGCGAGCCCUUCGUGGGCAUGUAA